AUGUGCUUAAAAUUGCUUUGUUUUCAGCAACUAAGUCUAACUGUUCUUCAGCACAAAAAGCAGAUUAUCCUUCCAAAUAAAGUCGAGAGGAUUCCUGUCGCCACCAAGAAAGAAGAGCCCAACGAGGUCGUACGGGUACGACGCAGUUUGCAGUUUGGAGGAAUUGAUGCACAUCUUAAGAAAACUCCAAUCAAAUCUUCGUCUAAAGCAAAAUUUACAUUCAAGAAACUGAAAACGUCGUUCGAACCACUAGCGCAGUUCACUACACCUAGCAAAGCAACGGAUCAAAUUUUGGUGCCAGAGACCCCAUCACGACUUCGCAGCGAUAACAAAAACAAGAAAACUGAUGGAAUUCACGUCGUCGGUGAAUCCCCAGAAAUUAAACAAGAGGUUUUGCGAAGGAGUCCUCGAAGAUUGGAAGCUGCCAUUGCUUUACGACGGCGAGCGUCUUUUUAUUCGACGCUAACCUCUGAUGGAAACCCGGAAAAGGGGGCGUCACGGAACUGGACCAGGGGGGAGAGCCAAGUCUGGUCAGAGAAGGCCAAGGCUAAUACUAGCAUCCAGCCUAUGGAAGAAAACAGUCAACAAACUGGACAAUCAACACGCUUUUUCUUUUCGAAAAUUCUAUCGCGUAAUGAUUCAAUAUCCACCAGUGAGCUAGGCUUUAGUCAUGGGGUUGGGGUGAACAUUGUCGUGCCCGACACUUCAAUGCCAAUGCCAUCACUCGGCAAGUGUGGCAUCGGCAGUUACUCACGCAAUUGAAGAGUAUGAUGUGAUAGGCUUUUCUUGGGCUAGCAAUACACCUGGUGAAGUAGUGAGAGCAUAAUGUACUACGUAUUUCUAGCUCCCUUAAAUUGCCCGAGCACGCCAACUUGCCCUGACAAAAGGUGUCGUUUAUGUAAUCUUAUUUUUAUUUAUUUGAUGUAUUCAUUAGUUCAGUAGGGCGGCGCACUGAACGCUUAUGCCGCGGCAUUCGGGUUCAGGAAGCUGAAGGCCUUUACGUGCUCGUCUGAUGUAUUUGCUGGUGUCUUAUCUUCAACAACUUAGAAUA